UUUUCUUUGGGUAUGGUAUAAUGAAUGGCUCCAGGUUUUAUCUUUUUUUUUUUUAAGUUUAUUUAUUUAUUUAAGUAAUCUCUACACCCAGCAUGGGGCUCAAACUCAUGACCUUGAGAUCACGAGUCUUGCACUCUUCCAACUGAGCCAGCCAGGUGCCCUGGUUUUACUUAAAAAAAAAUUUUUUUUUGUAUGGCAGUCCAACUAUCCUAACACUUUUUAUUUAAAAAACAUAUUUUUUUCACCUUGAUUUGAGAUGCUGCCAUUAUCAUUUAUUGAAUUUUCAUAUGUGGUGGGUCUUUCUCUUGAUUCUUCAUUCUGUUCAUUGUCUAUAUGUCUAUUCAUACUUUCAGUUAUAGAGACUUUAUUGUUUUAUUUGGUGGGGCUACCUUCACCUCAUUGCUCCUUUUUCAGGGGGUUCCCAGUGAUUCUACCUAUUUUUUAAUUUAAAAAGUUUUUUGUUAUUAUCAUUAUUUGAGUAUAGUUGACAUAUUAGUUUAAUGUGUACAGCAUCUGAGUCAACAUUUCUAUGCUUAUGCUAUGUUUACAAGGGUAGCUACCAUCUGUCACCAUACAAUGCUAUUACAGUACCAUUGACUGUAUUCCCUAUGUUGUACCUUUCAUUCCCAUGACUCAUUCAUUCCAUAACUGGCAGCCUGUAUCUCCUACUCUCCUUUACCCAUUUUGCCCCUCCUCCUUCCCCCCUUCCCCUCUGGCAACUCUCAGUUUGUUCUGUAUAUGUAUAAAAGUAUAGAUUUGAUUCUGCUUUUUGUUUGUUUAUUCAUUUGUUUUUUAGAUUCCACAUAUAAGUGAAAACAUGUGGUAUUUGUCUUUCUCUGACUUCACUUAGCAUAGUACUCUCCAGUAUAUAGAUUAUCUUUUAAGCUAUUAGGCAGACAUCACAUUAGAUCUGCUUUAGACAGUUUAACAUAUUUUGUUUGACUUUCCAAAGUCUAAGAAAGCAGUCUACAUCUGCAGUCAUUAAUCUGCUUUAAGCAUUUUCAAUUAAAAUUUAUUUAGCAUUUCAAUUUGUAAUCCUAGAGGACAAAUACAAUUUUGUAUGUAUUGGGUGUUUCCAUUUCUCAUCUUUUGCAUUUUACCAAGUAACACAAGUCAACAGGAAGAGACAUCUCUGGUCAGGAGUGUAAAAACAGGAAGGAGGAAGUCUAUUGCAAAUCUGUGUUAGCCGAUUAUCAAUUUAGGUUGCACUCUAGAGGAUGUCCAUUAGCGAUUAUCAUCGCACUUUGUUACCCAGAAUUAACAGUAAGCGUUAAUGUCAAUGUUAUAGAAUGUUUACCCUAGUUAUAAGAAAUAAUGUUAACUAACAGACUGUACUAGGCUCUUGCCUAUGCAUGGGAACAGGAUACUGUUAGUGAGAACCAGUCACAGAAAUUGCAUAUGGAGGGAAACAAGGCAAAUAAAAUUCAAAAUCAGAAAUAGAGGGAAUAUCAUCCUGUAUUUUUUGCCUUUGCCUGAUCUUGAUGCUUUGACAGGUUGUAUAAUCCUUUAAGAUAUGGUUGUAUCCUUUUUUAAAAAAAUUAUGGUCUGUCAACUUUGUCAUUUAAAAAAUUGUUUGACAGAAUAUCAACUGAAUGUCUCCAGUUGAAUUAAGAGGAAGCACCUGAGCAUUAUUUUGUAAAGCAUUCUAAGAAUGCAUGUGGCAAACUAGAUGAAAUAUUUCACGGGAAAAUAACACAGAAGGUGAAUAUUUUGUAAAUAAGAAAUCUUUUUCAGUAUUCUGUGAUGCAAGGAAUUGGAUUCUGUGUUUAUACUUUUUUUUUUUUCUUCUGGAGUUGCUAGAAACUCACUUGCUUUGGAUAUUCAGGAUACCUACUUGGUUUAGCUACCUGACGGUGGUAUUUUAAGAUACUUAGCAUAUCCCAAAUUCUUUACUUAGCUGUACAGUGUUGUGGAUGUUUUGGAAAAAUUAAAAGUACUGUGUAAAAGCUACAUGGUGGUGGCAGCUGCUGAUACUCCUCUUCCACCUUCUCUUCCCUCACCUCCUCCUCCUCUUCCUCCUACCCCUCUUUCUCUUCCUCCUCCUCCCCCCACCCCAUUUGACAUGUGACAUGUUCAUUUCCUCAGGUGUCUAUUAACUUAACCUAUGCCUUUAUGGGACCCUUAUUUAUGGAUUAUUUUGUGGUAAUGCUUCCCACAUUUUUUAUGUCAUGGCACAUCCAGAAAGUUAGAUUGAGAGAUGAUCAUUAUAUAUGCCUAUAACCUAUUCAGUUGGGAAGAUGUACUCUAGUGUGUGGGUCAGAUGAGGGGGUUUUUAAACCCCUUAUAAUUUUAAGAAAUGCUUGUGUAUGUGUGAAAUGUGUGCAAGGAUAGGCGUCUUAGGGAUUUGUCGUUGUUGUAGGUACCAAACCAAAUUGAGUUAGCUUGAGGAAAUCUGGAAAAAAAAGAUUGAAAGCUUUCUGGGUAUCUCGAAAAAUUCUUAAGACAGACAUGCUUCUUAAAAGACAAAGAGGUAAAGACUGUUUCUUUCUCUUUUCUGCUUCUCUCUGUCUUCAUUUUCCUCUGAAGUGGAGCUUUCUCUCCUCUCUGCAGUUAGUGGGGGAUGACAACCUACAGUUUCCAUGUGUCAGUUGGUACAUAUAGCUGACUGUCUCUGAAUUCCAAUUCAGAAUUCAUGAAAGAGUGUAUCUGAUUGAACCAGUUUGGAUCAGUUGUACCCCUCUGGGGCAAUGUACCUGUGAAUGGAAGAUGCUAUAUUGCUUUUCCAACUUUGUAGUUGGUCAUCAGUUCUCGGAGAGAAAGUGUCUAUUACAGUUGUGUUUGCGAACUUUUUUGGGGAGAAGAUCCAACUUUGAUCAAAAUCAUAGAGGAGGAUCUGGUCACUCCCAGGCCACUGUCCAAAUAAAGAUUAACUGAUCUAAGAGUUAUAAUAGAAUUCCCACUACUUAGGGGUGUCUGGGUGCCUCAGUCGGUUAAUCCUCCCACUCUGGCUGAGGUCAUGAUCUCGUGGUUCAUGAGUUCAAGCCCCACGUCGGGCUCUGUGCUGACAGUUCAGAGCCUGGAGCCUGCUUCAGAUUCUGUGUCUCCCUCUCUCUCUGCCCUCCCCUGCUCACUCUGUGUGUGUCUCUCAAAAAUAAAUAAACAUUUAAAAAAAUUAAAAAAAAAAGAAUUCCUACUACUUAGUACAUCCUUCAAAUUAGUUAAACUGUUUGCCUUUUUCACAGUGCCAUGUUCUUUUCUGCCUAUGUUUACCAUGAUUGAUUGCUCCGUCUUUAUUUCUCCACCUACUCACAUAUUACCUAUUGUUCAAUUCUCAUUUUAGGUCUAACCUCCUCCAUGAAAUCUUUGCAUCUUAGAACACAGCAUUCUAGGUCUGUUUAUGAUGACCAACCAAAUGCACACAAGAAGUUUAUGGAAAAGUUAGAUGCUUGUAUCCGUAAUCAUGACAAGGAAAUUGAAAAGAUGUGUAAUUUUCAUCAUCAGGGUUUUGUAGAUGCUAUUACAGAACUCCUUAAAGUAAGGACUGAUGCAGAAAAACUGAAGGUACAAGUUACUGAUACCAACCGAAAAUUUCAAGAUGCUGGAAAGGAGGUGAUAGUCCAGACUGAAGAUAUUAUUCGAUGUAGAAUUCAGCAGAGGAAUAUUACAACAGUAGUAGAAAAAUUGCAGUUAUGUCUUCCAGUGCUGGAAAUGUACAGUAAGCUAAAAGAACAGAUGAGUGCAAAACGGUAUUAUUCUGCUCUAAAAACUAUGGAACAAUUAGAAAAUGUGUAUUUUCCCCGGGUUAGUCAAUACCGGUUUUGUCAGCUAAUGAUAGAAAAUCUUCCUAAACUCCGUGAGGAUAUUAAAGAAAUUUCCAUGUCUGAUCUCAAAGACUUUUUGGAAAGCAUUCGAAAACAUUCUGACAAAAUAGGUGAAACAGCAAUGAAACAGGCACAACAGCAGAAAACCUUCAGUGUUGCUUUGCAGAAGCAAAAUCGUGUACAAUUUGGGAAGAAUAUUCACUUCAAUGAUAGAAUUCCAGAAGAAAGGAAUGAAGUUGAAUUGAAACGUGCAUUUGAGGAAGAGGAUGAGAAUGAAGAAGAGGUCUUAACUGUUCAGGAUCUGGUUGAUUUUUCUCCUGUUUACCGAUGUUUACACAUUUAUUCUGUUUUGGGUGAUGAGGAAACAUUUGAAAAUUAUUACCGAAAACAAAGGAAGAAACAAGCAAGACUGGUAUUGCAGCCCCAGUCAAAUAUGCAUGAAACAGUUGAUGGCUAUAGAAGAUAUUUCACUCAAAUUGUAGGGUUCUUUGUGGUGGAAGAUCACAUUUUACAUGUGACCCAAGGAUUAGUAACCAGGGCAUACACUGAUGAACUUUGGAACAUGGCCCUCUCAAAGAUAAUUGCUGUCCUUAGAGCUCAUUCAUCUUAUUGUACUGAUCCUGAUCUUGUUCUGGAGCUGAAGAAUCUCAUUGUAUUAUUUGCAGAUACUUUGCAGGGUUAUGGUUUUCCAGUGAACCGACUUUUUGACCUUUUAUUUGAGAUAAGAGAUCAAUACAAUGAAACACUGCUUAAGAAAUGGACUGGAGUUUUCAGGGACAUUUUUGAAGAAGAUAAUUAUAGCCCCAUCCCUAUUGUUAAUGAAGAAGAAUAUAAAGUAGUCAUCAGUAAAUUUCCCUUUCAAGAUCCAGACCUUGAAAAGCAAUCUUUCCCAAAGAAAUUUCCCAUGUCUCAGUCAGUGCCUCAUAUUUACAUUCAAGUUAAAGAAUUUAUUUAUGCUAGCCUUAAAUUUUCAGAGUCACUACACCGGAGCUCAACAGAAAUAGAUGAUAUGCUUAGAAAAUCUACAAAUCUGCUGCUGACCAGAACUUUGAGUAGCUGUUUACUGAACCUUAUUAGAAAACCUCAUAUAGGUUUGACAGAGCUGGUGCAGAUCAUCAUCAACACAACACACCUGGAACAAGCUUGCAGGUACCUGGAGGACUUUAUAACUAACAUCACAAACAUUUCUCAAGAGACUGUUCAUACCACAAGACUUUAUGGACUUUCUACUUUUAAGGAUGCCCGACAUGCAGCAGAAGGAGAAAUAUAUACCAAACUUAAUCAAAAAAUUGAUGAAUUUGUUCAGCUUGCUGAUUAUGACUGGACAAUGUCUGAGCCAGAUGGAAGAGCUAGUGGUUAUUUAAUGGAUCUUAUUAAUUUUUUAAGAAGCAUCUUUCAAGUGUUUACUCAUUUACCUGGGAAAGUUGCCCAGACUGCUUGCAUGUCAGCCUGCCAGCAUCUGUCAACAUCCUUAAUGCAGAUGCUAUUGGACAGUGAGUUAAAACAGAUAAGCAUGGGAGCCGUUCAGCAGUUUAACUUAGAUGUCAUACAGUGUGAAUUGUUUGCCAGCUCUGAGCCCGUGCCAGGAUUCCAGGGGGAUACCCUGCAGCUAGCAUUCAUUGACCUCAGACAACUCCUUGACCUGUUUAUGGUUUGGGAUUGGUCUACUUAUCUAGCUGAUUAUGGACAGCCUGCUUCUAAGUACCUUCGGGUGAAUCCAAACACAGCUCUUACUCUUUUGGAGAAGAUGAAGGAUACUAGCAAAAAGAACAACAUAUUUGCUCAGUUCAGGAAGAAUGAUCGAGACAAACAGAAGUUGAUAGAGACAGUCGUGAAACAGCUAAGAAGUUUGGUGAAUGGUAUGUCCCAGCACACCUAGACUUCGAUUGCACUCAGUGACACCAAAUCUGUGAUUCAACAUUGAUCUCUAACAGGCACAGGUCAUGAUACAGUAAUUUGGUUGCAGAAUUAAAAAAUGGAGUAGAAAAAAGACACUAAUGAGAGAUUAAACAAGAAACAAUAAAAAUAUCAUUUCUACGGAUUUUUAAAUAAUUGGAUACUAUUUUAUACGUGGAAAAGGUGACAUUAAUUUUUUUCACUUUUAGGGAAAAAAGGUAAAACAUAAAUCAGGUCAAAAAUUGUAUAUGAAAUUGAUUGUAAAUACAUUAGAAAAACCUUAUAUGCCUCUACAUACAAGUAUUUUUUUCUAUUCAGACUUGAAUGAUUUUUCUGGGUUCUUUUCAUCAGUAUCCAGUUUUGGAAUGCAAUCAUGUCUGAUAUGGGAGUAUUUCACUGUCAUUUUGUGACUGUUAACUUUUAUUUUCAUCUCAAUAUGAUUUAAGUAGACUAAAUUUUCCAGUUCUGCAGAUUCGGCAGGGGGUUGGUAUACAAAUCUUUAAAAAGGUCCCUGAAAUCAAACUUGAUUUCUGUAAGAAUAUGAAUUAUUUGUUCUCCUUGGAUGGUUUAAUUUAAUGGUUCUGAAUAUGAAGAAAAGGUGUUUGGAUUUUCUUGAGAUGCAGUGUUGCUGUUGAGCAGGGUUAAUAUUUCUAACUAUAUUGCUUGUAGCUGACCCCAUUCUAGGAUUUAUUUGGUUUGGUUUGGUUCAAGUUAAAAGAGGGCAGGAACGAAGUGGGGUAAGCUACUUGAGGUGCUGCUUGUGCUAGGGUAGAUACGUUCCUACACACAGAAGUUGCCACAGGGCUCAGGUUCCUUUCUUCAGUAGCAGAUCUCAGUACCUGUCCGCGGUAUGGAAGCAAGCCAAACCAAAUGAACGCUGGAAAAUCUAAAAUGAACGUACAUUUUCUUCUGUGUAAAUUACCACCAUGGUCCUAAUGAUAAUAUCAGUCUGAUCGCAACUUUCUUCUCAUUGUAUUUAUGCUGAAUAUUUCUUUUCCAUUUUCAGGAUUUAUGCCUGUAAGAAACUUCUACUUAACUCUGUAAAAUAAGUGUAAAGAAUUAUAUGUACAUUUCUUGAUUUUGUGAUGAAAUAUUAAAAAUGUUGAACAAGUUGAAAA